AAAAAUGUGGGUACAUCAUUGGAAAUAUGCGCGAUACCCACGAUCGCGAUUUAUAAAAAUAAUUUUAUGGUCACACAUCUCUCGAAAAGGCUCCCAUUCGACUUAAUCUGCAUCAACACACAAUAUUUAUUGUAAAACAUGUAUAAUUAACACUUUCUUCAGAGAAAACGCGCUAUAUUGAUUUGUAUUUAUCAUCGAUAAUAACGACAUUCGAGAAAUAAAAUCUCGCCUGUACCACUUCUCUUGUUGAACUGAGAUUACUGGAAUAUUAUAUCGUACAGAUUAAAAUGGUCGCGAAUUUAAUUCAUGACUUUAUCCGGUUGUCCUUUUCUAUCUACUGGGAAAUUGUCUCUCUCCAUUUGUAAGUGGGCUUUAUCGUGUAAAAUUAGCAGUGCACUUGAAAGACGCAUACAGUCCAAGAGAGUUCGUGUUCAACCUGCAAUGCUUUACGUGUGACGUGCCUCCCUUGAUUCGAUUUUUAUAUGAUGGAAAACUGAUGGUGUCAGAUAAUAAUGGCAAUCCAAUGAAUAGCCGAAUAAAAUCUGAUGAGGUGGACAUUUUUUUGCCCGAUUGGACGGACAGGGAAUUCAAAGAAAUACAGUCCUCAGAAAUUUCAGAUUUUAAGCUUGAUAAAACCAUAACAUGUGGAAUUUGGUGCUUCCGGGGGAAGCUUCUGCAAAAAUGUGCGAAUGAAACGCUUUUUGCAGUUUUGUUUGGCAUUCUUUCAUCCAUGCUCACAGCUUCCUUCACGUAUUAUUCGGCAACCAUAGCAACGGUGGAAAAACGGUUCAGCAUACCUAACGUUAAUACAGGUAUCAUAUUCACUGGGACCGAGGUGACACAGGUCCUUUUAGCAGGGUCUAUUAGUUACUUUGCAGGCACUAGACAUCGACCUCGGAUUAUAGCUGUUGGAGCGUUUUGUGUAGCACUAUGCGCUUUCUUACAUGCCUCGCCCUACUUCAUUUAUGGUGCCGGAGACAAUCCUUCAACGGAAGAUCGGGACUCAAAGGUUUGUCAAAGCCGAACCGGUUCAUGCUCUAUGGUGGAGAGCUCUUUUGGGCCGCAAGUUAUUAUGUUUGCAGCGCAACUUUCGGCUGGUGUGGGGGCGUCUUUGUUCAAAACCGUCGGCCCAGCGUAUUUGGACGAUAACACCAAACAAACUAAGACAGCAGGGAUGAUGAGUCUGAGCUAUUUACUCAGCGAAAUUAGUCCAUUUCUUAGUUUUCAACUCUCAGGUUACUGCCUAAAAAGAUAUGUCACUCCAUACAAAGAAACAAGGUUAAGCCCAACAGACCCAAAAUGGCUCGGAGCCUGGUGGAUGG